UUGCACAGCAUAAAGGGUUGGGCCAUUGAACUGUCUCUCUCUCAGUGCAACAAACAAACCUAAAGGCAAACUCCUGCCUCCGCUCACACAGCGUACACAAAUAUGCCUGCAGACUACAAUGGACGUUGGGAGCUGGUGAGCAACGACAACUUCGAGGAUGUCAUGAAAGCCCUCGAUAUUGACUUUGCCACCAGAAAGAUAGCGUCCCACCUGCACCAGACAAAGGUCAUAGUCCAGAACGGAGACAAGUUUGAAACAAAGACCCUGAGCACCUUCAGAAACUAUGAGGUCAACUUCACCAUAGGCGAGGAGUUCGAGGAGCAGACGAAGGGCCUGGACAACCGAAAAGUCAAGACGCUGGUGGUCUGGGAUGGAGACAAGCUGGUGUGUGUGCAGAAGGGCGAGAAGGACAAUCGUGGCUGGAAACACUGGAUCGAGGGAGACAUGCUCCACCUGGAGAUCACGGUGCUCGACAAAGUCUGCCUGCAAGUUUUUAAGAGGGCCCAGUGAGAUCAGGAGGACCGUCAUCUGCACAAAACUGUCCCUUGUGUAACCUGCCUAUUUAUACUGUAUCUGUGAAGACCUUUAAUAAAAUCAUUGUAACACCA